GGAGGCGAGAAGGAAAACAGAGGCAGAGGGAGCGAGGCAGCGAGAGGCGGCAGAAGUUGGACGGUGCUUUCCUUUGUCGCCGCGUCUCGUCGCCGCCUUCACCCGAACAACCAGCGAGCUCCCCCGGGGGCAGGGAGCAGGGAACCCGGGGGGAAGGGAGCAGGAAACCCGGGGUGUCGGUCGCCGCUUCACCUCCACCACGCCAGCUUCCCUCCGAGGGAACACGAAGCUAAAUUAGCCGAGGUGCUAACACAUUGACUCGAGCAGCCGAACGGAGGCUGCUGCUCCUCCUGCUCCCUCCGCUGCUGGAUGUAGAUCCAUUAUACAAGUUGAGCAGGAAGCUAACUCGACACAGGUUCCUCCAACCGUCACCAUGAUGAUGGAGGAGACGGUGACCACGUUCGAGACCCAUCUGACGGCUGUCAUGGACAGUCUGAUCCGGGCGUCGGUGUGCGAGAUCACCAAGCUCUUCCAGGAGACGGUGAACGACUACCUGGUGGAGCUGUCCCUCAACCGGAAGGAGAACGACGCGCUGAAGCUGCGGCUCCGGCUGACGGAGAGCCAGCUGCGGACCGAGCGGCAGUACGGGAUGGGCUGGGCGGCCACCCGCCGCAGCGCCGGCCUGGAGGAGGAGGAGAAGAAGGAGAAGCGAGCUGGAGGGCGCCAGAAACGCAAAGUUGACAUGGCCCGAGGCAAGUCAAAGAAGGGCCCGGCAGCAGCCUAUGGCAAAGGCUUGCCUGGAGGUGUGUGGGAGGAAGAAGGAGGUGGAGGUGGCAGUGGCAGCAGUGGCAGUGGCGGGGGCGGAAGAAGAGGAGGUGGAGGAGCUGUGGGGAUGGUGGCAGGAGCAGGAGGAAGAGGGGGAAAGGAGGCCAGGGAAACGUACCUCAUCCAGUACCCCGGGGAUGAAGAGGAUGAGGGAGGGAUGGCGGAGGACGAGGCAGGGGAGGGCAGCCUCAGCGGUGAGGGGGAGGAGACGGCCAACAUCAAAGAGGAGUUUUCUCAAACAGAAGGUUAUCAGCACGCCUCUCUACAGCUAUUAAAGGAGGCUAUGAAGAUCGACCUGUCCAACCAGAACCACUACGCAGGCUCCAGAGCCCAAAGCGAAGGAGAUCUGUCAGAUCGUCCCCUGUCCCUUCUUCCAGGAAAGAGAGAGGAGGAGGACUGGGAGGGGGGCUCAGCAUCAGAGCCGUCAGAAGGGGGCAUGACCAUGGAUGAGAUGAGGGGUCUGGAGUCUGCGCUGAGGGCUGAGAGAGGCCGUGAGCAGGCUGCCAUCACCGCUUCCCAGCCUGGCAGCCCCGAGCCAGAGGUGGUUCGAGGCAGCGUUCUCAGCUCGCCACCCAAGUACAUAGGUCUGGAUGGCAUGGAGCAGGAUGGAGAGCUGGAGCCUCAGCCGCCCACGCUGCAGAGAGAGGACCAGAUAGGGCCAGGCAGGGCAAAGAACAGCUUGAGUGCAGGAGUGGAGCUGAGGUUAGGCUGGUCCAAGAAGUUGAGAGAGGGCGACCUGGAAGCAGCAGAUAUGACGGGAGAGGAUGUAUCGGAGCAUGGAGAGUCCGAGCACCCGCCCCACCUGUCCGCUCCGGGGAGUGUCGGGGAGAGCGAACUGGAGGAGGAGGAGGGUGGUGGAGACCUGCUUCACUUUUGCCCACAGUGUGGAGGAGGCUUCACCGCAGAGGCUGAGCUGGAGGAGCACCCAUGUCCACUAGGAGGCGCCAAUUUAGAGAACAGCAGUGCAGAGGAAGGCCUUUUCCCUUGCGCCCACUGUGGCAACACAUUCAGUCACUCCUGGGCGCUAAAGAACCAUGAGUGUGCCUGUGCUGCCGAGCGGCCGCACUGCUGUGAGAUCUGCGGGAAGCGCUUCACGCACUCGCGCUCGCUGGAACGGCAUCAGCUGGUGCACACGGGGGAGAGGCCGCACCGGUGCCCACAAUGUGGACGCACCUUCAGUCGCCUUGGCAAUUUGGAGCGGCACCAGCGGAUCCACACGGGUGAACGUCCGUACGGGUGUGAGGCGUGCGGAAAACGCUUCAGCCGUGUGGAGUACUUAAAGAGACACCAGCUCAUACACAGCAGUGAAAAGGCAGCACUGCAGUGCUCCAACUGUGGGACAGGAUUCAGUGAUGUGGAGCAACUGAAAAACCAUCAGUGUUUUUAAAACCUCUCCUUCAAAUCUCCGGCUGAAACGCAAAGAAAACAGACGGCUUUCAAUUGGAGGUUGUAGAAUCCAGGUGGUGAAAGUGACUGUUACCUGCUGAUGUGGUUGUCAGUGAUUUGGAAUCGUGUCUCUUUGUCUCUGUCACUCAGACAGGAUGUGAAGUGAAGCCGAGUUAAAGAAGCAGAAACAUGUGUGGAUGAUUUUUGUUGAGUAAAUCAAGAAGGCCGAGCUGAGAGGGCGACAGGUGUAUAAGGUGUUUCUCUGUAGGAGGAGAAACAAACCUCAGACAUUCAGCCAUUUUAAUUGGAGGUGUACAAAGCUUUUACUUAUUUAUGAUGAACAAUGAAUGGUAAUUUUUUGAAAAUCUUUAUAUUCAUAAAUCCCUCAUGUUAACCUUGUUUUUCUCUGACAAUGUUAUUGACAGCUUGGUGUUUUGUAUGUUUGUGUUUUGAUCAUAUCGUUCAGAAAUAAAUAUUUCAAUUCA